CUCCUUGAUCACCGCUCAUUCUUUCUCUUUCUUCCAUAAAUAAAACCUACCUAUCUUUUUCAUUUUUCUCCCAAUUCCAUUCCUUUCUUCCAUCAAAACCCUAAAAUUACACACACACACACAACUCUGAAUUCUUCUUUUUUGAUUGAUCUACACUUGGAAAAUGACCAAACCCUUUCUGGGUUUGUCUAUUCACCCCUUUUUACACAUACCCAUGUUGUUGUUUUUCUCAAUUGCACUUGUUUCAGUUGAAUCUCAGCCGUCAGAUGAUGCAUCUGUGAUGUUAUCUUUAAAGAAAAACCUUAGCCCACCCAAAUCACUUGACUGGUCGAACCAAGACCCAUGUAAAUGGCAACAAGUUCAAUGCUCCAGGGAUAAUCGGGUCACCCGGAUCCAAGCUGGUAAUCAAAACUUAAAAGGCUCUUUACCGGACACACUUAACAAACUCACUGAGUUACAAGUUCUCGAGUUUCAGAACAACCAACUCACUGGGCCGCUUCCGAGUUUAUCCGGGUUAUCUCAGUUGCAGAGGCUUUUACUGGAUUAUAAUAACUUUAGUAAAUUCCCAUCCGAUUUCUUUAAUGGUAUGACUUCUUUGCAACAUGUUUAUCUUGAUUUUAUAAGCUUUGACUCAUGGGCUAUUCCUGAUAGUUUAAAAUCAGCACCUAGUUUGCAAGUUUUCUCCGCCACGUCAGCAAAUAUUACUGGUAAAAUCCCUGAUUUCUUAGGUGGCCUUACUACUGUGCAUUUAUCUUUUAACUAUCUUGAAGGUGAAUUACCCGGGUCGUUUUCGGGUUCUUCUAUUCAAAGUUUAUGGCUAAAUGGACAAAAAGGUAGGAAUAAUUUAAAUGGGACUCUUGACGUGUUACAAAAUAUGACCCAGUUGACUCAAGUCUGGCUUCACGGAAACCAUUUUUCGGGUCCUUUGCCAGAUUUUUCGGGUUUGACUGAGUUGCAGAAUUUGAGUUUGAGAGAUAAUAGCUUGACUGGUCCGGUUCCGGAAUCGUUGUUAGGGUUGCAGUCGUUAAAAGUAGUGAAUUUGACUAAUAAUCUGUUUCAGGGACCCACUCCUAAUUUUGACAAGGCUGUGGCUGUUGAUAUAGGUGGGAUUAAUAGUUUUUGUUUACCGGACCCGGGUGUUGCUUGUGAUGACAGGGUUAAUAAGUUGCUGAUGGUUGCGAAAUCGGUUGGUUAUCCUCAUACUUUUGCUGAUAAUUGGAAAGGCAAUGAUCCUUGUAAUUCUUGGUUAGGAAUUACUUGCUCUAAUGAUGGGAAUAUUACUGUGAUCAAUUUUCCAAGAAUGGGUCUUACCGGUAGUAUUUCUCCUAGUUUUGCGGCCAUUAAAUCCUUGCAAAGGUUGAUUCUUGCAAGUAAUAAUCUUUCUGGAACUAUACCUGAAGAGCUUAAAGAUUUGCCUAAUUUGAUAGAGAUUGAUGUUUCAAACAAUCAACUUUAUGGUCGACUCCCAAGCUUUAAGGGAACUGUUAAAGUGAAUACCGAAGGGAAUCUUGAUAUUGGGAAGGACGGGCCUAGUGUGACACCGAUUUCUCCUUCUGGUGGUUCUCCAGGUAGCACCACAACUAAAUCUAAUGGCGGUGGUGGGAAAAGUUCAAACACCGGGGUGGUCUUGGGAUCUGUUGUUGGUGGUGUUUUUGCAGUGUUUUUUGCAGGGUUAAUAGGUGUUUGUGUCUACAGAGCUAAACGAAAGCAUUCUAGUGGUGUACCUUAUCAAAACACAAUGGUGAUUCAUCCUCGCCACUCUACUUCUGAUAACGAUGGGGUUAAAAUUACAAUUGCGGGCUCAAGUACGAAUGGUGGACCGAGUGAAAGCUUUAGUCAAACAAGUAGCGGGAAUGGUGACAUUCAUGUCGUUGAGGCUGGCAAUAUGGUGAUUUCUAUUCAAGUUUUGAAAAAUGUCACCAACAAUUUCAGCAAAGAUAACGUACUUGGAAGAGGCGGGUUUGGGACUGUUUACAAAGGGGAGUUACACGAUGGAACGAAAAUUGCAGUUAAGAGAAUGGAAUCAGGAGUGAUGAGUGAAAAAGGGCUUGAUGAGUUUAAAUCAGAAAUUGCAGUUUUAACAAAGGUUAGACACAGGCAUUUGGUGGCACUUCUUGGAUACUGUUUAGAUGGAAAUGAACGGUUGCUUGUUUAUGAGUAUAUGCCUCAAGGGACAUUGAGUAGGUUUAUAUUUGAUUGGGAAGAAGAAGGUUUGAAACCACUUGAAUGGACAAAAAGGUUGAUAAUUGCUUUAGAUGUUGCUAGAGGUGUUGAAUAUUUGCAUGGUUUAGCACAGCAAAGUUUCAUUCAUCGAGAUUUAAAACCCUCUAAUAUUCUUCUUGGUGAUGAUUUGCGUGCUAAAGUUGCUGACUUUGGACUUGUUCGCCUUGCCCCCGAUGGAAAAGCUUCGCUUGUGACAAGAUUAGCUGGAACUUUCGGGUAUCUUGCUCCCGAAUAUGCAGUGACGGGCAGAGUAACUACCAAGAUUGAUGUGUUCAGCUUCGGGGUUAUUUUAAUGGAACUUAUUACCGGCCGAAGAGCACUAGACGAAACACAACAAGAGGACAGUGUUCAUUUGGUGCCAUGGUUCCGUCGUAUGCACAUAAAUAAAGACACCUUCCGUAAAGCCAUUGACCAUAGCCUCGCUCUGGAUGAAGAAUCUCUAGCAAGUGUAAGUACAGUGGCAGAACUAGCGGGGCAUUGCUGUGCCCGUGAACCUCACCAGAGGCCCGACAUGAGUCAUGCAGUGAAUGUUCUCUCUUCCCUAGCUGAGCUCUGGAAACCCUCUGAGCCUGAUCCUGAUGAUAUAUACGGAAUCGACCUUGACAUGACUUUACCUCAAGCAGUGAAGAAAUGGCAAGCGCUAGAGGGCAUGAGUGGGUAUGACAACUCAUCGGUUAUUGGAAGCAAUGAUAAUACACAAACAAGCAUACCGACCCGACCAUCAGGAUUUGCAGAAUCGUUUACUUCAAUUGAUGGACGCUGAGGGUCUAAUAAUUGGGUUCUUUAGGUACCAAAACUUGGGAUUGGUUUGUUCAUUCUUUCUGAUGCUUGUUUAUUUUACUGCUGCUGUCUUUUGUUAAAUUGAUGAGAUGGUUUUUGUGUUUGUAUUAUGGAUAGUUUUUUUUUUCUUUUUUAA